CGAAUCAUGGUAUCCCUGACGUCCCUCCUUGUGCUGGCGACCUUCUUCACGCAGACCAGCCAGAACAUCCCCAAGACCUCCUACCUCAAGCUCAUCGACGUGUGGUUCGUGGCGCUCAUCUUCGGGGACUUCUGUAUCAUCAUGUCGCUGGUGUACGUGGAGACCCUGAGACUGAAGGAGACACAGCAGGUCGGGGGCAGCAUCAAGGUCUUCCCCUACGUCCCCGGCAGCAGCAAUAAGCCCAUGUCCUACGCCUUCGAGUCUAAGGCCGCGCGGUGCAAUAGAAUGUUCAUAAAACUGUUCAGGGGAGCCAUUGCGAUCAUGCUCCUGUGCUUCGUGCCCACUUGUAUGCAGGCUAUACUGGCACCUUGAGGCAGUAGUAGUAGUAGUACGGUAACUCUCGAUUUACGCGAGUAUUGUGUCCUUGAAAAGGUGGCGUAAAUCAAAAACAAUGUAGUAAA